UUGCAGAUUCUGUCUUAAAGAAAGCACCGAAAAAAUGUGGUGAAUGAAAGCUUGUUGCAUUUUCAGGGGGGAAACUUGUGAAAGGGAACUGAAGGUGGUUGGAAGAGCAACGUGAAAGCAAAGGAGCAGUGGGUGGAAGCAAAACACAUUCAAGGCAAGUUCUCCCAACAAUGCCUCCAUCUCAGUGUCAACCUGUUGCUGAGUCAGGCUAAAGUUGGAUUAAGGAUUUUAGAUAAUGGGCUGUGUGCAAUGUAAGGAUAAAGAAGCAACAAAACUAACCGAUGAGAGGGAUGGUAGUUUAAACCAGAGUUCGGGUUAUCGCUAUGGAACAGACCCUACCCCUCAGCAUUACCCAAGUUUUGGUGUGACUUCAAUUCCAAACUACAACAAUUUCCCCACAGCUGGAGGACAAGGAUUGACGGUCUUUGGUGGUGUCAAUUCUUCAUCACAUACUGGUACAUUGCGUACAAGAGGAGGAACAGGUGUAACUCUUUUUGUAGCUCUAUAUGAUUACGAAGCAAGAACAGAAGAUGAUUUAAGUUUUCAUAAAGGAGAAAAAUUCCAGAUACUUAACAAUUCGGAAGGAGAUUGGUGGGAAGCCCGAUCCCUGACUACCGGAGAAACUGGUUAUAUUCCCAGUAAUUAUGUGGCUCCAGUUGACUCCAUCCAAGCAGAAGAGUGGUACUUUGGGAAACUUGGGCGAAAAGAUGCUGAGAGGCAGCUGCUAUCCUUUGGAAAUCCACGAGGAACCUUCUUGAUUCGUGAAAGUGAAACCACCAAAGGUGCCUAUUCAUUGUCCAUUCGUGAUUGGGAUGAUAUGAAAGGGGAUCAUGUCAAACAUUAUAAAAUCCGCAAGCUUGACAGUGGAGGAUAUUACAUUACAACCAGAGCACAGUUCGAAACUCUUCAACAACUUGUUCAGCAUUAUUCAGAGAGAGCUGCGGGUCUUUGCUGCCGCUUAGUAGUCCCUUGUCAUAAAGGAAUGCCAAGGCUUACUGACCUGUCUGUCAAAACCAAAGAUGUCUGGGAAAUUCCACGAGAAUCACUACAGUUGAUCAAGAGACUGGGAAAUGGGCAGUUUGGGGAAGUAUGGAUGGGUACUUGGAAUGGGAAUACUAAAGUGGCAAUAAAGACAUUGAAGCCUGGCACUAUGUCCCCAGAAUCAUUCCUGGAAGAAGCCCAGAUCAUGAAAAAGCUAAAGCAUGACAAGCUGGUCCAACUUUAUGCAGUGGUGUCAGAGGAACCCAUCUACAUUGUCACAGAAUAUAUGGGUAAAGGAAGCUUGCUUGAUUUCCUAAAAGAUGGUGAAGGAAGAGCUCUGAAAUUGCCAAAUCUGGUAGAUAUGGCAGCACAGGUUGCUGCAGGUAUGGCUUAUAUAGAGCGAAUGAAUUACAUACACAGAGACCUGCGUUCUGCAAACAUCCUGGUGGGGAAUGGUCUAAUAUGCAAAAUUGCUGAUUUUGGAUUAGCAAGAUUAAUUGAAGACAAUGAAUACACAGCCAGACAAGGUGCAAAAUUUCCUAUCAAGUGGACUGCUCCGGAAGCUGCAUUAUAUGGAAGAUUUACCAUAAAAUCUGAUGUUUGGUCCUUUGGGAUAUUACUAACAGAAUUGGUAACAAAAGGGAGAGUACCAUAUCCAGGUAUGAAUAAUCGUGAAGUCCUAGAACAGGUAGAAAGAGGAUACAGAAUGCCAUGUCCUCAAGAUUGCCCAAUCUCUCUACAUGAGCUCAUGAUCCAUUGCUGGAAAAAAGACCCAGAAGAACGCCCAACUUUUGAGUACUUACAGGGUUUCCUGGAAGACUACUUUACGGCAACUGAACCCCAGUACCAGCCAGGUGAUAACCUGUAAUUUGGGGUGGGCUGCGCAAACCAGUUACCAGGUGUUCCAUUUGCAAUCGACAUAGGUUGAAUGGUUCAAGGCAGUAUCUUAGAGCACCAAAUAUACUGAAGCCAGAAGAUGAGAACUUCUAAAACUAUGUGUCCUAAAAUUCUGAAUAUCUUCUCCAAACAGAAAGGUGAACACAUGGGGGGGUGGGUUUCUUAAUCAAAGACUUUGAAACUGCAUUGUUUUAAUGUUAUGUAAACUGCAAAAUCUUUGUUCACUGUAAAUAGUAAUUCAGUGCCAAUAAUUUAUCCUAGUGCUUUCCUUUUUUUAAAAAAAUGCAGAAUUAUGUGAUUUUAACUAGUUUUCUCCUGAUUCAACUAAAGUAUUAUUUUCCAGAA